AUGGCAACUCUUAAAAGGAGCAAAACUCUACCGGCCGAUGGGCAGACCACCAAAUUCCUGUAUACAAUUUUGAAGCAAUUGGACCUGAAAUCGAUUGAUUGGAACCUGGUCGCCUCACAACUGGACAUCACGAAUGGCCAUGCUGCAAGAAUGAGAUUCUCCCGCUUUAGGCAACACAUGGAAGGAAUAUCUACCACUCCUAGAACUCCUCGCCCCAAGAAGCCGAAAGCCACCAAAGCGAAGCCGAAGAAACAGAGCUUCAGCGACUUAAAAGCACAGCCCGAGCCACCCAAAAUCAAACCAGAGCCAGCUAUCAAGGUGGAACCGAGCCUCAUGAGCCAAAUAGAUCCCUCUUUGCUUGCUUUUCCACGAGUUCCGGGACCAAUGCAAUUUCAUCCGUUUUCAACAGUUGCGCCCGCAGACCUAACCAGGCCCUAUCCGCCAUCGGAAAUACCAAUCGGGUAUCCGCGACCGCCCAUUGGGCAAAACUGGCCUCAUAUUAAAACUGAGCCCUGCGAUCAAGAAGUUGUCAUGACGGAUGCAUUUGUGAAGACCGAACCCGAUAACUGA